AACUCCUGUCUAGUGAUGUGACUCAUUAUGUGAUCCCAGAUUGGAAAGUUGUUCAAGAUUACCUUGAGAUCCUUGAGUUUCCUGAGUUGAAGGGAAUUAUUUUCAUGCAAACGGCUUGUCAAGCUGUGCAGCAUCAAAGAGGCAGGAGACAGUAUAACAGAUUGCGAAACCUCAUGAAGGAUGCACGUCAUGAUUGCGUUCUCUUUGCUAAUGAAUUCCAGCAGUACUGCUAUCUCCCACGGGAAAGGGGAGAGGCCAUGGAAAAGUGGCAGACCAGGAGCAUAUACAAUGCUGCUGUUUGGUACUAUCACCACUGCCAGGACAGGAUGCCAAUCAUCAUGGUGACAGAAGAUGAAGAGGCAAUUCAGCAGUAUGGAAGUGAAACAGAAGGAGUGUUUGUGAUUUCUUUCAAGAAUUAUCUGGACAAUUUUUGGCCUGAUUUAAAGGCUGCCCAUGAGCUUUGCAAUUCUAUCCUUCAGUCUCGCUGGGAAAGAGAGAAUGAGAGUCAGGAGAGCCAUGGCAAGGAGUACCCGGAGCAUCUUCCCCUGGAAGUGCUAGAAGCCGGGAUCAAGUCUGGACGCUACAUCCAGGGAAUUCUGAACGUCAACAAACACAGAGCACAAACAGAAGCUUUUGUUCGACUUCAAGGAACCAGCACUAAAGAUUCAGGUUUAGUCAGUGACAUUCUAAUCCAUGGGAUGAAGGCACGAAACCGCUCGAUUCAUGGAGAUGUGGUAGUUGUGGAACUGCUCCCUGAAAAUGAAUGGAAAGGAAGAACCGUCGCCCUGUGUGAGAAUGACAGUGAUGACAAGGCCUCAGGCGAGUCCCCAAGUGAGCCCAUGUCUACAGGUCGAGUGGUGGGCAUCCUUCAGAAGAACUGGAGGGAUUACGUGGUGACAUUUCCAUCCAAAGAAGAGGUCCAAUCUCAGGGCAAAAAUGCUCAGAAAAUCCUAGUUACACCUUGGGAUUACAGAAUUCCCAAAAUUCGAAUUAGCACCCAGCAAGCAGAAGCCCUCCAGGACUUCAGGGUGGUUGUGCGCAUCGAUUCCUGGGAGUCAACAUCCCUGUAUCCAAAUGGACAUUUUGUGCGUGUUUUAGGAAGAAUUGGAGAUCUGGAAGGCGAAAUUGCAACCAUCCUGGUGGAAAACAGUAUUUCAGUUGUCCCUUUCUCAGAAGCUCAGAUGUGUGAGAUGCCAGUAAACACACCAGAAAAUCCCUGGAAGGUGAGUCCUGAAGAGGAACGAGAACGUAGAGACUUGAGGAGAACCCAUCUUGUAUUCAGCAUUGACCCCAAAGGUUGUGAAGAUGUGGAUGACACACUGUCAGUCAGAUCCUUAAAUAAUGGCAACCUGGAACUUGGGGUCCAUAUUGCAGAUGUAACACACUUUGUGGCACCAAAUUCUUGUACUGAUAUUGAAGCUAGAACAAGGGCCACCACUUAUUAUUUAGCAGAUCGUCGCUAUGACAUGCUGCCCUCUAUCCUCAGUGCUGAUUUGUGUUCCCUCCUGGGAGGCGUUGAUAGGUCCAAUAAAACACUGGCUGAUUCCCUGGAUAACGCGAAUGACCCCAGUGAUCCUAUUGUAAACAGGCUGCUGCGCUCUAUGGCCUCGCAGGCCAUGUCUAAUGCACUGUAUUUCUCCACCGGGUCAUGCGCAGAGGAAGAGUUCCAUCAUUACGGUCUUGCAUUAGAUAAAUAUACCCACUUUACUUCUCCCAUAAGAAGAUAUUCAGAUAUUGUAGUACACCGAUUGUUAAUGGCAGCCAUUUCGAAAGAUAAGAAAAUGGAAAUUAAGGAAAAUUUGUUCAGCAACAAAGAUCUCGAGGAAUUAUGCAGACAUAUCAACAACAGAAACCGAGCUGCACAGCAUUCUCAGAAGCAGUCUACUGAGCUCUUCCAAUGCAUGUACUUUAAAGACAAAGACCCUGAAACCGAGGAGCGUUGCAUAUCCGAUGGAGUUAUUUACUCAAUUAGAACAAACGGUGUUCUUGUAUUUAUACCAAGAUUUGGGAUUAAAGGCGCUGCUUAUCUAAAAAAUAAAGAUGGUUUAGUGAUCGCAUGUGGCCUAGAUAGCCGUUCUGAAUGGAAACCAGGAUCCCUUCAAAGAUUUCAAAACAAAAUUACCUCUACCACAGCAGGAGGGGAAUCUGUUACAUUCCACUUGUUUGACCAUGUAACAGUAAAAAUAUCUGUACAGGCCUCACGUUGCCAUACUGAUACAGUCCGGCUUGAAAUAAUAAGCAACAAACCAUACGUGAUACCAAACACAGAAAUUUUUCAUCAGAGUUCCCUUUUGCUGAAGAGUGACUUAGUGAAAGAAGUAACUAGAUCUGUGGAAGCUCAGCUUGCCCAAGAGGUCAAAGUAAACAUCAUUCAGGAAGAAUAUCAAGAAUAUUGCCAAACAAAAGGAAGAAGCCUAUACACCCUUCUAGAGGAGAUAAGGGACCUAGCUCUCCUGGAUGUUUCAAACAAUUAUGGAAUGUGAAAUACUCUACUUCAUUAAAAAAGCUUUGUUGUAUGCAAGUA